AUGGGGAACUGCUUCGGUGUGAGGAUCAAGGCAGAGAGCCCCUUCCACAGUACUCCUUCAGGUGAGGCCAGAGAACCAGAGGAGACGUUCUAAAAGCUGCCUUCCCCCUUCGUAACUCGAGUUUCGGUGCCGCCUGUUCCUUUUAUGUUCUUUCUCGCGUCUACUGUUUUGGAGAUCCACGGAACACCGUGACGUCUGAUGCCAUGAGAUUUUCCUGUGUUUUCCCUGUGCUCUCUCUCUCUCUCUCUCCGUGCAUCCUCGCCCGCCCUGUUUGUGUUCGGGAGCUCUGGUCUCUCCUCUUUUCUGAAUGACUAGCUGGUCUUCGCGUGAUUCGAACUCGCUGGUUUUGCGGAUAGAUCUCAGGAGACGCCCUUCAAUCGAUCGUCGCGGCCUUUCCGUGAUCCCAUCUUGUUUUUCCCCUCUCGAAGUUCUCUGCUUGGCCUCCAGAUUCUCCAUUGCUGGGGAUAUCGAGCCCUCUUCAUCGCUUUACCUUUUUGGCUUCGACCUCUCGAUCUGAGGAUGGGGCGUCCUCUUGCUCGGAUUGCGCAGGCGGGAAUUCCAAGAACGUCAGCAGAGAUAGAAACGGGUACAGCGGCUCCAGCAGCCGGGUCUCUGCGGCGUCAGUUCCCCCAACACCCAGAAGCGAGGGCGAGAUCCUCCAGUCGACCAAUGUAAAGAGCUUCACCUUCAACGAGCUCAGAAGUGCGACGAGGAACUUCCGCCCCGAUAGCGUCCUGGGAGAAGGCGGGUUCGGCUCUGUCUUCAAGGGAUGGAUCGACGAGCACACCUUCGCCGCCGUCAAGCCAGGAACAGGAAUAGUCAUUGCCGUCAAGAGGCUCAAUCAUGACGGCCUCCAAGGUCAUAAAGAAUGGCUGGUGAGUCUCCCCAUCUCUCUCUCUCUCUCUCUCUCUCUCUCUCUCUCUCUCUCGUUAUGGUUGGAUUACCUUUGCUCUCGUUUGAAUAACUUGGGCAUUGGCAUCCUCCGUCCUCUGCGCUAUUCAGAGUCCAACCUGUCUGGUUUCUGGAAUGGUAAACCUCUCGAAAACUGCAGGCUGAAGUCAACUACCUGGGUCAGCUGUACCACCCCAACCUCGUCAAGCUGCUCGGGUACUGCCUGGAGGACGAGCAUCGGCUUCUCGUCUACGAGUUCAUGUCCCGUGGGAGCCUGGAGAACCACCUCUUCAGAAGUACGGCCCUUCCUCCUCUCCCUCCCUGUUGCGAUGGAUCCCAAUUCAACGACCCCUUGUGGAUCACAAACAUAGAGAUGGAGGAUUUCAGAUUCUUGAUUCUGGGCGCGGCUCUGAGCUCCAAAGUUUUCGAUUUUGCAGGAGGAGUGUACUUCCAGCCGCUGUCUUGGAGCAUCAGGGUGAAAGUCGCGCUGGGAGCGGCGAGGGGGUUGGCAUUCCUCCACAGCGCCGAGACGAAGGUCAUCUACCGCGACUUCAAGGCUUCCAACGUCCUCCUCGAUUCGGUAAAUUGGCGGCGAUCAUUGGCUGUCUUUGCUCUGGUUUUCUUCUUCUUUUUGGGGGAAAAAGGGGGCGUUCGUCUCUGACAUCCUCUCUUUUCUCGACGUGAAGAACUACAACGCCAAGCUCUCUGACUUUGGCCUGGCCAAGGACGGGCCGACCGGCGACAAGAGCCAUGUCUCCACCCGAGUCAUGGGAACCUACGGAUAUGCCGCCCCCGAGUAUCUCGCAACAGGUACACCUCCUCCAGGUCCCCGCAUUUUUCUAUGAUUUAUAUGGUGAUUCCUUUCUUCCUCAUAUUCAAACUAUGCGAUCUCAUUACCCAUUCUGUCAUGAACUAGCUCGCUCAAAUUCUUAUCAUUUUGAUGGGUCUGACCCUUCUUCCUGGCGAUGGCGAAGGUCACUUGACGACGAAGAGUGACGUCUACAGCUUCGGGGUCGUCCUGCUGGAGUUGCUCUCCGGCCGGCGAGCUGUCGACAAGAACCGCCCGUCUGGGGAGCACAAUCUGGUGGAGUGGGCGAAGCCCUUCCUGAUGAACAAGCGGAAGAUCUUCAGGGUCCUGGACCCCCGUCUUGAGGGGCAAUACUCCCUUGCCGGAGCUCAGAAGGCCGCUGCCCUGGCCAUACAGUGCUUAUGGUCGGAGCCCAAAUUCCGGCCGGCCAUGGACGAGGUGGUGGCGGCGCUGGAAGACAUCCAGGCCGCAAAGGACACCGCAAGGAGCAGCCGGGGACAGGAAGGAGCGAGAAGCCACAACCACGGUCACAACCACGGCGGCGGCGGCGUGAGGGCAUUCCGGCGGCCGAGCUUCCAGGGGGCCGCCGCCAACGGGAGGGUUGCCUAUCCCAGGCCCUCCGGCUCCCCUCUCUAUGCGUAG